AUGGCCGGACCAUCUCUAUCACACAUCCUCGAUCCCCCCAUGGGUCCGAGCAGCGAUUCUCGGCCACUGCCCGCGCCUGACUCUGUCCUUGCGCCUUUGUCUGUACCUCUGUCUGUGCCCGUUUCUGCGCCUCUUCCGCCCUUCCCGCUGGUACAGCAGCCUGUUGUCGACUCCGAUGCUGUCCCUACAAGUACGGUAGGCUCUGCGCCGUCGAAUCCUGCCAGUAUGGUUCCGAGAUCGGCGUCGCACCAGAGCCACCAGAAUAGCAAUCCCUAUGCUUGUCGUGACUGUGGACGCGCUUAUUCACGGCCAGAGCACCUUGUUAGACAUGUCCAGACUCACACUCUGGGGCGGCGCUUUGCGUGCGAAAUCUGUAAAAAGUCCUUCGCGCGGAAGGAUUUGCUGAGACGCCAUGUCACUAAUCAUGAGAACGACUCGCCCAAGAAGCGUCAACGGAUGGUUUCGUCGCCAAACUCCAGCCGUGUAACCCAGGCCUGCCCUCCCUGCGCCCUUGCGCGCGUGAAAUGCGACGAGGCAAAGCCGUGCAGGCGUUGUGUCAGCCGUAACCUAUCAUGUUCUUCCUAUGAGACCAGCCCAGGCACGUCUAUGCAUCUUGUCCAUCUUCCAGCAGGUGGGCAGGAUGCCGUGGAGGCUCAUCCAACCGGCGUUUCUUCUGUAGGAUCCACGGACCCUAACUCUACUCUUCAAAAUGCCUCUACAAAUCUCAUCCGCGACAACACAAUUAGUAAGAGCAGCCCUCUGUCACAGUCUACCUCGUCAAGGCAAGACGACAGCCAGCUGACGACGCCGGAUAUGGGGACAGACCCAGGUAAGUCUCCUCAACCGAAUGAUCCUUUGAAGGCUGGUUCAGGUCCUAUGGAGCUGAAUAACACUCCAUUUUUCGACUUCCUGCGCGAUGUCCUCUACUCCCAACCAGUGGAUUUGUCACGGUCAUCCGAAUCUCAAGGUCCAGCCGUGUUGGAUUUUUGCGACGACAUGGAUAUGGAUCUGACAGAUAUGGACUUUGGCCUCCUAGAGCAUUGGAACCUGGAUCUAGACGACGGUUCCCUAAUAACGCCUACAUUAGCAAGCCACAACACCCAAAACUCAAUGGAAAUGUCUCAAAUGCGACAGAAUCUUGCCAACGUCUGGGGGGAACUACCGUGGAAGUGGGAUCCGACCGCCAAGGACAAUGCGUACACCGAGCAAGGCAAUCUUCCUAUAUCCGCCAAGGAUAUUUCCAAUGCUCAGUUUCAGGAGACUAAGAAACAACUGGAGCGAGUGGUCGAGCAAAGGCUGAAUCUUCCCAGCCGCGACCAGAUCCUGGCCAUUGUAUUGAAGACGUGUCGAGAUGCUUCCAUGGCCGGCCGGGUAGCCGCUUCUUUUCCAACAGUCGACGUUAUGGAUACAAUGGUUCAAGCCUUUUUGGCUGCUCAUAUCCGUCAAGUGUCGACAUGGAUACACUAUCCUACUCUCAAGCUGAAUGCGGUAUGGCCUGAAUGGAUUGGGAAUGCAGUGGCUGCCGGUGCUGUCUUGAUGCCAGCUCCAACCUUGAGAAAGUUUGGAUUUGCUGUUCAAGAAGCAGUUCGAAUUACAAUACCUGCUCGGUUCGAAGACAACAACACGGCCAUCCAAAACCUUAGUCUUGUCCAAUCUCUCAUUCUCGGGCAAGAUAUUGGCUUGUGGAGUGGUAACCGUAGAAAAAUGGAGAUUGCCGAAUGCCAUCUAGUGAUUCCGGUAACGAUGAUGCGAUAUCGCCGAUUGUUCCAGCGAUGCAUGUACCCUGUCAUCACAGUCGAGCCCUCCGAUGAGGGUGAAAUACUAGAACAAAAGUGGAUGAAAUGGGCGGCUGCGGAGCAAUGGAAGAGGCUUGUAUUCCACUGUUACAUCCGGGAAGCUCAAAUAUCUAUGACGGCGUUGACAAAUCCGUGCAUGUCGUAUGCCGAGUUGACGCUACCUCUACCGGAACAGAAAGACCUGUGGUCCGCGAAAACAGCGUCUGAGUGGAAGGCCAUCUAUCUGUCAAGAUCAGUUGGUCCAAAUUCAAGAAUGCCGUCAAUCGCCGACAUGUACGGGGACGCACGCCAAUUUGCCGACAACAGCACACGCAUUGACAUGCAACUCUCUGUCUCCAUCUUCCUUCACGGCUUUUGGUCAAUGGUUCUGGAGUACUCUCAAAUGAGCGUAGUGCACCAGUUUCGUAGCUACUCCAAAGGAGCGUCUAACUCGAUGCUCAGCUCGAGACGUGCAGAUCUCAUGAGAGAUCUGCAGUCGUUUCAGUGUGUCGCGAACAAAUUGCCGGACAUUUCUCCUCAAGAAAAUGUUGUCAUGUAUCUUCUCAUGAUGCACUUGCAUGUGUCUUUGGAUGAUCUGCAGAUAUUUUCAGGCAAGCAAGGAGAGGAAGAGGCCCGCCGUAUGUACCCCAUUCUGCAGCAAUGGACGGCCAGUCCCGAGUCCUGGUAUGCAGUCUGGUGCGCGGGUCAGAUAUUUCGAUAUGCCAAGCUAUUUCCUCUGGGGUCCCUGAAGGAUUUCUACGCCAUAGCAGUACACCAUGCCGCACUUGCUUUGUGGACGUACGGCGUUGUGUUCCGAGCCAGCCAGCAGCAGGACAUGCCACCACAGUAUGGAUACGAACCCAUGUAUCUAGACGACAGCGGCGAUGCCAGUUCGAUUCAGCAGUUUUUGAGCUUUGGGCAGGGAAGGCCUCUGAUUCAAGGGCCUAUGGGAACAAGCUCUGGCGCUGCGCCAGGCGAUGCAUCGGUUUACGAUCCUCGUGCGUGUAUGGAUAUUGCACAGGAGAUUUUGCAGGCCAACUUUCGAAGGCCGCAGGACGCCUUGCCGCCUCUUGUGGAGAAUCUCUGCCAGCUGAUUAAACAGCUUGGGAAUGCAGCGUGGGCGGUUGGAUUGGGCUUCCUCCGCUGGUCGCCGCUGUCCCAAACCGCCGUUGCAGUCACGACGACGGCCGUUGCCGCGACGCUGCUCCUGUGUGCCAGGUCGGCGCUGUGGCCGCGAUGGGGAAAGGCGCUCCCGAACCCGCUUAAGACGGCGAUUCCGGGACGGCCGAAGAACGAGAUUGAGGAGCUGGUUUAUCAGCCGGAUGCCUUUCCGGGGGCGAGAGAUGUUGAUACACCGUAUGGAUCCAUCCGCGUCUACGAAUUCGGCCCCGAGAAUGGCGAAAAGGUCUUGCUUGUCCAUGGUAUCAGCACCCCGUGCAUAACUCUCUCCCGCAUUGCUCACGGACUUGUCGAUCGAGGAUGCCGUGUGAUGCUUUUCGAUCUCUUUGGUCGAGGCUUCUCAGACGGUGUUGGUGACCUCCCCCACGAUGAGCGUCUCUAUACUACCCAGAUUCUUCUCGUGCUGGCAUCUAGCCCUCUUCCCUGGACCGGUAACAAUGCUUUCCGUCUUAUUGGAUACUCCCUUGGAGGAGGCAUCGCUGUGCACUUUGCCACUGCGUUCCCUCACCUCGUUUCGUCGCUUAUUCUGCUCGCUCCCGCCGGUCUCAUUAACCCUGAAGAUUUCGGCGCCAUGUCUCUCUUCAUCUUUAGGUCGGGCUUCGUACCGGAGGGACUUCUCGCCUACUUGACGCGGUCUCGUCUGCAGCAACCUAUUGCGGCAGCCAGGAAGCCUAAGGAAGCCUCAUCAACUGCAUCAGUGGCUGAAGUCGCGCUUGCAGAGGCCACCGGCACCACCGAACAGAGCGAAGGCGCCAUUCCCCUGGAACAACACGUAUUGAUGUAUGUCCGAUGGAUGGUUCUCAAUCACUCCGGCUUCAUCCCCUCGUUCAUGUCAUCCAUUAGACAUGCGCCCUUGACGCACCAGCAUGAUAGCUGGAGGCUUCUUGCGCGCCGGAAGCCCGGCACAACCAUGGUUCUUUUGGCCCAGAAUGAUGAACUCAUCGAUGUGAACGAUUACGAGCGUGAGGCUCUUCCGCUCAUCGGCGGAAGGGACAAUGUGGUUUGGAAAGUUCUUCCUGGCACACAUGAUUUUGUCAUGACACAUUCCAAUUAUAUUCUCAAGGAGUUGGACGAAGUGUGG